AAGAAGACAUGAAAGGAAAGACAGAGGAACGACCCAGAUAAAUUAUGUGCACGCCUAUGCAGCUCAACACCUCAUCCCGAGUCUUCAUCUCACUGAAGAAAUUCAAACUGCUCAAGACAUCUCCAAGAUCCCAGUAGAGGUUUAUCUACCAUUUAAGCGGGACAGCCAGUCCCUGAGACAAGACCUAGUGAAAGCUACAGCCAGGAUCAUUUGUUCCCUUGGCCUCUUGACGACAAAGGAUGAAACUCAGACGUCUCAAAUGAUAGAACUACUUCGCAACUAUCAUAAGUAUGUUCCUCGUGCAUCUGACGGCCAGCCAAUGGUAAAAGUUCUGUAGAGCGAUGGCCUGAGUGCUGAAAAGGUCAACAAUGCCCAACUUGCAGUUGAUAAUAUUUGUGGAGGGGAUCUUUGGAGCAGGUUGGAGGGUAUUGUGCCAGCGGCCCAAGAAUGGCAUAAGCGUGUGCUUCUCUUGCAGGUGAGAAAAUGCCCACAUCCAAAACUGGAAUUGCGCAAUCGUUUCAACAAGCGAAAGUUCAAAAAACAUGUGAAAGAAUGCUUCGACCCGGCAUAGGAAUUGAUGGAGUUCAGCACAGAGGGAUACAAAGACAGCAUUCGGGGAAACAAUGGGCCAAAAAUGCCACAGUAUUGGAGACAUGCUUUACCGCAGUUCAUCCUGAACAAUCACACGAAUAACACCAUAUUUGCCAUUAAUCUCUUGAGCAACACCAAUGGAGCCGCAUCCCAACGACUGCAACAUCAACUUACGUGGAGUAGAGCAGUCAACACCAACGGGGGGUUCAAUAACAACAUUGCAUGCGACUUUCACUUGGAGCAUCUCAACAACUACUACAAAGCAAGCGUCAAUAAUGCCAGAGGAUGUAGGUCGCAAGAAACAGUAAAGAGACACAGCUGCAUGAUUGGUUUAGGUGGCACAAUAAACGAGGCAUUCGACCGUCAAGUAACUGAAAGGGAGCCUCGAUAUUCCAAAACAGGAGGAGUGAGGGAGAGGAAUAUGCAAUAUCUGACAGAACACCUUGUCAAAUACAAGGUAUGGGCCGAUGCACCUGGCAGGUUCCACCAAAGUUUUCCAAAUUUUGUCCACGAACGUCUACAAAUCCACAAACUCUAAGUCGUCAAAUCACGAGUGGAAAAGCAGAGAGAGAAACUGGCGAAGCGGAGGGCAAAUAUGCAAAGCUGCAUUGAAACACCUUCACUGACAAGUUCAAUAAUCCAAUUUCAAAUGGUUAACGAUCCAAGGAAGAGCAACACGCUGAUUCUCUGUUACGGUUUGUAAAUCGAAGAAGAUAUUGGAGCG